GACACAGGCCACGUGGGCAUGGGGUCGAUCAUGUAGCUGUGUGCAUCAACUUGUAAUACCAGAACGGCGGCGACCGCCAAAGCAGCGAACGAGCAGGAAACCAUCGUCACAGGCAACGCAAAACGGAAAAUGAAGUGGUCACGGUCGGCGGUAGCAUUAAGCAGUUUGCUGGUUUAAGGAAAGGUGCGACGGGUGACUGGGUGGCGUUGUGCUGUCUGGACAGGAGGAAUGAUACCUGAAGAAGACAUUGGACACCCGACUGGGUGGGCAUUGGGUAGAGGACUACAUCUAGUCACCUGCGACUCUAUUGAAAAGCUCGUCUUCUGGUGAAACAGCUGCAACUUGCACAGUGUGCCGGGGUCCCACCGAUGCUGUGACUAUCGAAAUGGGUUCCGGUAGUCGCACCCGGGACUGCCGCUCAACGUGGCCCCCGGUGCUGAUGAGAUUGGGAGCACGAUCUCGUGAUCUUCACCCUACUGGCAGACUGCCGGAUAGUGUUGGUCAGUUCUACUUGUACGACGUCGAAGACACAUUAGCGAAUCAGCGAGAGAUAUUGGACACCGAUGUGAGGCGCAGUAGCAGAGUUGAGAUGACAGUGUUCGACUUGACGACAUCGGGGUCACGACAACCAAGAUUCUACAGGUGGUGGCCACCGUGGCCACCUUGCUACGGUAUGCAACGUGCAGUGCGUAUCAAUAGCAUCCAGAAGUUGCAUGAGGGCGUUCGCGGACAGCAGACGACGGAUGCCAUCACGACAGCUCCUGCGUUAGCGGGUCGAAGUGGGACGCGGAUUAACCGUGUGCUCGCCUACGAAAUACUACACUCUUAGUCGUGC